AUAUAAUUUAAAUAAUGAUGGAGGAAAGUUCAGAUCCCAAACCUUAUAAAGGAAAUUGGGCUGACUCUUUAGGGUCAAUAGUUGAUAAAACUGAACAGAAUUUGUAUGGAAAUCUAUCAAAACCUAAAACAGAACAAUCCCACAGUUUUAUGGAAGACUAUAAUAACUGAAUAGAUCAUGGAGUUUAUCCAAUAAAUAUAAAUAAUUUCUUGACAUCUCCAAAAAGAACCCAAAUUGGAAUUAUUCAAGAUAAAGAAAAGAUGUAUCUCGAAGAGCAAUUCAAGAAAGAUGUAGUGAACAACAUCGAGACUCUCGACAAAUAAGUUCUACAAAGAAACUGACUACUGAAAAGAUGAAAUAGAUACUCUCAAAGCUCAAGUGCGGAUUCUUUCUCAAAAAGUCAACAACAACCGGACUGAGAACGAAGUCUUCCAGGACAACUGUCGAGAAUUCAUGCAUGAAAAGUUCAUCGAGUUGGAAGCUAAACAGAAGAACUACGAAGACAAAGUCCGCAUUGACGUUGACCAGCGUUUAGAAGAGUACGAGACCCAUAUGGAGAAGUUCUCAGUCGGCCUUAAAGAACUCAAGGAGAUUCGCAACCUCAUCGACCCGACCAUUGAAGAAGAAAUUGAACGCAUCAACCAGAUCUACGAGUUGAAACUGGAGAACACCAUCAACAAGACCGAGAGGCUCAACAAGCAGGUGUCUGAAAACAAGAAGUCUCUCGACGAAAUCCUUGACAAAUACCAAGUCGAGAUCGAAGUUAUGAAGAACAACUUUCUGAACACGGCUGAACUCCAGAAUAAGAGGAUCCAAGGAGCCUUUGAUGAGCAAAACGAUGUGCUUGAAGCGUUCAAUGGAGACAUCAAGACUUUAGAAGACAAAUUCAAAUCUUUCCACACAGACUACAUCGAAAACACCGACUCUUCCAUGAAGAGCCUGAAUCAAAUGGUCGUCGACACCAAGAAGGUGAUGGACAGGUACAAAACUCAAAUCGACACGAAGCUUGACGACUGGGAUGUAGCAAGGCACAGGAGUGAACUCGAAUUAGAGUCCAAGCUUCAACAAGCGACUUCUUCAGCGGUUCCAGAGGCAUCCGCUCUUGAAUUCGAAAAGCUCAAGAGCGCAGUGGAAGCGAGAAUAGACGCCAUCACCAACGCCAACAAGAACCUUGAAAGCGAAAUCAGAGAACUCGUUGGUGUUGUCAAACUGCUCGACAACGAACGCAUCCAAGACGGCAAAGUUUCAGACGAGUUACAGAACCGGAUGAAACUUCUCGAAGAGGACAUGAACAAGUAUGAAGAAAUGAUCAACGAUUCCAUUCAGAUUAACCAUGAGCGACAAGAAGAGUUUUAUAGUGGAGUCUUGCUUAACUUCGAUGAAUUCAAACAUGCUUCUGUCGAAGACUUCAACACACUCAAUAAAAGAAUAAACUUGAUUAUUCCUGCUCUUGACCAGAUAACGGACUUGGAACAAGAAAUUGAGCUUCUGAAGAAAAGACAAAGACCCAAAACCAGUUACAACAAGAAGGAUAUAAGGUCUCCGCUUACAAGUGUCAUGCAAAAUGUUGAAAUCGAAAAGAAGCAUAUGCAUCUUUCUGGCUCAAAAUCUCGUGAACGAAGAGACCAAAAUUACACCACCACAAGAAAUAGGAGAGGAGAAUACCAAAGAGAACAUCAGAGAGAACAGAUAGAAGACAGUUAUGAACACGAACACUCCAGAGAUCUCUCUCGUGAUCGCUCUAGAGAUUUCUCGCCAGUUGAAGAGCUCAUCAAAAGAGACCAAUACUCCAAAAAGAAGCUCGACAUUCUUCGCCAAUCUGAACUCAAAGUUUCAAGUGUCAGAGGUAGUAGUAAGCGGAAGUUCCCCAAAACAGAGAAAGACAAUGACGCCUCAAACGAGUCAAACGUGACUUUCACAGGAAUGUACAAAGACCCUUCCAGACCAAACAUAAAGUCAGACCCACAGAACAUUUCCCAGCCGAGUCUCAACAAACACGAUCUUUCUAAUAUUUCAGACUCAAAGAGGCAAAAUUUCAAAGAUUCUUCACGACUUAAAUCUAAGAAUAUAAUUUCUGCUCCGAUAAUUGGCCAUCAAAGAAGCCAAGAAGAAACAAAAACUCAUGGAAUCGAUCAUGUCAGGAGCAAAGAUCAAGAAAGCUCAACUAAGCACUACAUGUCUUCCCAAGUGACUCUUAUUGGGCCACAGGAAGCCACAGACCCAGACGAUGAAGAAGGAGAGUUUACUAGUGAAAUGACUUCAAGCGAGCAAUCAGCUCAAGAAGCUAGAGGGCACAUAAAUAUUAAGGCUAUCCAGCAAGCAAAGAGAGAAAAAGAAAUUCAAGAGAUGAAUAGAAUCAAAGAAAAACAGAUAAGGGAAGAAAGACAGCAAAAAGAGAUUGAAAAGAGAGCACAAAGAGAAGCAGAAAAAAGAAAAAGACAGAAGAUUAAAGAAAAGGAAGAUGUAAUCAGAAGAAAAGAACAACAAGAACUUGAGAUUAGGAUUCAAAAACAGAAAGAAGAAGAUGAAAGACUAAAGAAGGAAAAAGAAAAACAAAAGAAAAAUGAAGAGAAUCAAAAUAAUAACCCCUCUGUAGUUAUCCCUGGAUGGAAUUAG